ACACCGCGCCGCCGCGUUCUCCCGCCGGUGACCCGGCGUGCGUGGGGUCAGGGCACCGGGUGCAGUGGGUCGGGACCGGGGCACCAUGCGGCGGGGCGAGCGCAAGGGCGCCGGGGGCUUGCGGCCGGGGUCCCCCGUGCCCACGGGCAAGGCCUCGCUGGAGGAGCCGCCCGAGGGCCCAGGCCCCGGGCUAGCGGCGGGGGAGCGCGCCGGGUCGGGCCGCCGGAGCACCGAGUCCGAGGUCUAUGACGACGGCACCAACACCUUCUUCUGGCAAGCCCACACCCUGACCGUGCUGUUCAUCCUCACCUGCGCCCUUGGCUACGUGACCCUGCUGGAGGAGACCCCUCAGGACACGGCCUACAACACCAAGAGAGGGAUCGUGGCUAGCAUCCUGGUCUUCCUGUGCUUUGGAGUCACCCAGGCCAAAGAUGGGCCCUUUUCCAGACCUCACCCAGCUUACUGGCGAUUCUGGCUCUGCGUGAGCGUGGUCUACGAGCUCUUUCUCAUCUUCAUCCUCUUCCAGACUGUGCACGACGGCCGGCAGUUCCUCAGAUACAUCGACCCCAGGCUGGGCGUGCCACUGCCGGAGCGGGACUACGGGGGAAACUGCCUCAUCUAUGACGCGGACAACCAGACGGAUCCUUUUCACAACGUCUGGGACAAGCUGGACGGCUUUGUUCCCGCGCAUUUCCUGGGCUGGUACUUGAAGACGCUGAUGAUCCGGGACUGGUGGAUGUGCAUGAUCAUCAGCGUCAUGUUCGAGUUCCUCGAGUACAGCCUGGAGCACCAGCUGCCCAACUUCAGCGAGUGCUGGUGGGACCACUGGAUCAUGGACGUGCUUGUGUGCAACGGGCUGGGCAUCUACUGCGGCAUGAAGACCCUCGAGUGGCUGUCGCUGAAGACGUACAAGUGGCAAGGCCUCUGGAACAUCCCCACCUACAAGGGCAAGAUGAAGAGGAUCGCCUUCCAGUUCACGCCCUACAGCUGGGUCCGCUUCGAGUGGAAGCCGGCCUCGAGCCUGCGGCGCUGGUUGGCGGUGUGCGGCAUCAUGCUGGUGUUCCUGUUGGCAGAGCUGAACACGUUCUACCUGAAGUUUGUGCUGUGGCUGCCACCCGAGCACUACCUGGUCCUCCUGCGGCUGGUCUUUUUCGUCAACGUGGGCGGGGUGGCCAUGCGCGAGAUCUACGACUUCAUGGAUGACCCGAGGUUCCACCUGAAGCUGGGCCAGCAGGCGUGGCUGGUGGCGGCCAUCACCGUCACGGAGCUGCUGAUCGUGGUCAAGUAUGACCCGCACACACUCACGAUGUCGCUGCCCUUCUACAUCUCCCAAUGCUGGACACUGGGCUCCGUGCUGGUGCUCACCUGGACGGCCUGGCGCUUCUUUCUGCGAGACAUUACCCUGCGGUACAAGGAGAUCCGAAGGCAGAAGCAGGAGGGACAGGGUGACAAGGACAUGGCCGUCAGCAAUGGGGACAGACACUCGCCCGGCACUGAAGAUGACCUGCCAGGGCCUGAGGACAACCUGCAGGGGCCUAAGGAGGCUGCUCCAAACUGACAGAUGCCGGCACCGGCUUGCUCGUGCCCAUCAGCUGUGUGGCCACAGCAGCAGCAGACACUGCCCCCGACUGUGUUGUGUCAGAUGUGUCUGUUCCCAGAGCUGGUGGGAGGGGGAUAGGGUGUGUGUGGGUGUGCGUGGGUGUGGGUG